GCGGCGGCGAGCGAGCCCGGCGGAGGAGGAGGAGGAGAAGGAGGAGGAGGGGGACGUCUCAUUCAUUUCUGCUCUGCAUUUCUGCCCCUCGCCGGCCUCUCCGCGACCCGGACUUGGGGGAAGAUUGCGAAUUUUCCCCUUUCUGCCUCUGGGUUUGAAAAUGGAGGCCGACGACGCCGACAUCCCGGCCCGGCGCGCCUCGGGUUCCCGACUCCACCGAGCCCUGGGCCGCGGCUGCCGGCGCUAAGGGGCCGCGCGAACCCCGCGCCGCCGACCGCAACCCGCGCGGCUCUCACGGCCGGCGCCUCCUUCGGAUUCUUGUUUCCUUCGCCCUGGUUUUCGGAGGAGGGAGCGAAGACUGAGUUGGCGACUUUUAUUUUUCUUCCCCCUCCCCCUUUUUAUUUUUGAGUGAGGGGAGUUUCGUCCCAAAUCAAAGGAAUGAAGUCUGGCUCCGGAGAAGGGUCCCCGACCUCGCUGUGGGGGCUCUUGUUCCUCUCCGCGGCGCUCUCGCUCUGGCCGACGAGUGGAGAAAUCUGCGGGCCAGGCAUCGACAUCCGCAAUGACUACCAGCAGCUGAGGCGCCUGGAGAACUGCACGGUGAUCGAGGGCUACCUGCACAUCCUGCUCAUCUCCAAGGCGGAGGACUACCGCAGCUACCGCUUCCCCAAGCUCACCGUCAUCACUGAGUACUUGCUGCUCUUCCGCGUGGCCGGCCUCGAGAGUCUCGGCGACCUCUUCCCGAACCUCACGGUCAUCCGCGGCUGGAAGCUCUUCUACAACUAUGCCCUGGUCAUCUUCGAGAUGACCAACCUCAAGGAUAUUGGGCUUUACAACCUGAGGAACAUUACUCGGGGGGCCAUCAGGAUUGAAAAGAAUGCUGACCUCUGCUACCUCUCCACUGUGGACUGGUCCCUGAUCCUGGAUGCUGUGUCCAAUAACUACAUCGUGGGCAACAAACCCCCGAAGGAGUGUGGGGACCUGUGUCCGGGAACGAUGGAGGAGAAGCCAUUGUGUGAGAAGACCACCAUUAACAAUGAGUACAACUACCGCUGCUGGACCACCAACCGCUGCCAGAAAAUGUGCCCGAGUGCCUGCGGAAAGCGAGCGUGCACCGAGAACAACGAGUGCUGCCAUGCCGAGUGCCUGGGCAGCUGCAGCGCACCCGACAACGCCACGGCCUGCGUCGCCUGCCGCCACUACUACUACGCAGGCAUCUGCGUGCCCACCUGCCCACCCAACACCUACAAGUUUGAGGGCUGGCGCUGCGUGGACCGGGACUUCUGCGCCAACAUCCCCAAUGCUGAGAGCAACGACGCCGAGGGCUUCGUCAUCCACGAUGGGGAGUGCAUGCAGGAGUGCCCAUCGGGGUUCAUCCGGAACGGGACCCAGAGCAUGUACUGUAUCCCUUGCGAAGGUCCUUGCCCCAAAGUCUGUGAGGAAGAGAAGAAAACAAAGACCAUUGAUUCUGUGACUUCUGCACAAAUGCUGCAAGGAUGCACCAUCUUCAAGGGCAACUUGCUCAUCAAUAUUCGACGAGGCAAUAACAUUGCCUCGGAGCUGGAGAACUUCAUGGGUCUCAUCGAGGUUGUGACGGGCUACGUGAAGAUCCGCCAUUCCCACGCCUUGGUCUCCCUGUCUUUCCUGAAAAAUCUCCGCCAGAUUUUAGGGGAGGAGCAGCUAGAAGGGAAUUACUCCUUCUACGUCCUGGACAACCAGAACCUGCAGCAGCUGUGGGACUGGGACCACCGCAACCUGACAAUCAAAGCAGGGAAAAUGUACUUCGCUUUUAAUCCCAAGUUGUGCGUUUCCGAAAUUUACCGCAUGGAGGAAGUGACAGGGACUAAAGGGCGCCAGAGCAAAGGGGACAUAAACACAAGGAACAACGGAGAAAGAGCCUCUUGUGAAAGCGAUGUGCUGCAUUUCACCUCCACCACCACGUGGAAGAAUCGGAUUAUCAUCACCUGGCACCGCUACCGGCCCCCUGACUACAGGGAUCUCAUCAGCUUCACUGUGUACUAUAAGGAAGCCCCCUUUAAAAACGUGACGGAGUAUGACGGGCAGGACGCCUGUGGCUCCAACAGCUGGAACAUGGUGGACGUGGACCUCCCCACCAACAAGGACAUCGAGCCAGGCAUUUUACUGCACGGACUGAAGCCCUGGACUCAGUACGCCGUUUACGUCAAGGCAGUGACUCUCACCAUGGUGGAGAACGACCACAUCCGCGGGGCCAAGAGUGAAAUCUUAUACAUUCGCACCAAUGCAUCAGUUCCUUCCAUCCCCCUGGAUGUUCUUUCAGCAUCAAACUCCUCUUCUCAAUUGAUUGUGAAGUGGAACCCACCCUCCCUGCCAAACGGUAACCUGAGCUACUACAUAGUGAGGUGGCAGCGGCAGCCUCAGGACAGCUACCUUUACCGGCACAAUUACUGCUCCAAAGACAAAAUCCCUAUCAGGAAGUACGCCGACGGCACCAUCGAUGUUGAGGAGGUGACAGAGAAUCCCAAGACCGAGGUGUGUGGUGGAGAGAAAGGGCCUUGCUGCGCCUGCCCCAAAACUGAGGCUGAGAAGCAGGCCGAGAAGGAGGAGGCCGAGUACCGGAAGGUCUUUGAGAAUUUCCUGCACAACUCCAUCUUCGUGCCCAGACCUGAGAGGAAGCGGAGGGAUGUCAUGCAAGUUGCCAACCCCACCAUGUCCAGCCGGAGCAGGAACACUACGAUGGCAGAUACCUACAACGUCACAGACCCAGAAGAGCUCGAGACGGAGUUCCCAUUCUUUGAGAGCAGAGUGGAUAACAAGGAGAGAACCGUCAUUUCCAACCUGCGACCUUUCACACUGUACCGCAUCGAUAUUCACAGCUGCAAUCACGAGGCUGAGAAGCUGGGCUGCAGCGCCUCCAACUUCGUCUUUGCAAGGACCAUGCCAGCAGAAGGAGCAGAUGACAUUCCUGGGCCAGUGACCUGGGAGUCAAGGCCUGAAAACUCCAUCUUUCUAAAGUGGCCAGAACCAGAGAAUCCCAAUGGAUUGAUCCUAAUGUAUGAAAUAAAAUAUGGAUCACAAGUCGAGGAUCAGCGGGAGUGUGUUUCCAGACAGGAGUACCGGAAGUAUGGAGGGGCCAAGCUUAACCGGCUAAACCCAGGGAACUACACAGCCCGGAUUCAGGCCACUUCCCUUUCUGGGAACGGGUCGUGGACAGAGCCUGUGUUCUUCUACGUACCGACCAAAAUAAGACCGUAUGAAAACUUCAUCCAUCUGAUCAUCUCCGUGCCCGUGGCUGCCCUGUUGAUAGUGGGAGGGCUGGUUAUAAUGCUAUACGUCUUCCACAGGAAGAGAAAUAACAGCAGGCUGGGGAAUGGAGUGCUGUACGCCUCUGUGAACCCAGAAUACUUCAGCGCAGCUGACGUGUAUGUCCCAGAUGAGUGGGAAGUGGCCCGAGAGAAGAUCACUAUGAGCCGAGAGCUUGGGCAGGGGUCGUUUGGAAUGGUGUAUGAAGGAGUUGCCAAGGGUGUCGUCAAAGAUGAGCCUGAAACCAGGGUGGCCAUUAAAACGGUGAAUGAGGCUGCGAGCAUGCGAGAAAGGAUUGAAUUUCUCAACGAGGCUUCAGUGAUGAAGGAGUUCAAUUGUCACCAUGUGGUGCGGUUGUUGGGCGUGGUGUCCCAGGGCCAGCCAACGCUGGUCAUCAUGGAACUGAUGACACGGGGGGAUCUCAAAAGUUACCUCAGGUCUCUGAGGCCAGAAAUGGAGAAUAAUCCAGCCCUAGCACCUCCAAGCCUAAGCAAGAUGAUUCAGAUGGCGGGCGAGAUUGCGGAUGGCAUGGCAUACCUCAACGCUAACAAGUUCGUUCACAGAGACCUGGCCGCCCGGAACUGCAUGGUGGCUGAAGACUUCACAGUCAAAAUCGGAGAUUUUGGCAUGACGAGAGAUAUUUAUGAGACAGACUAUUACCGGAAAGGAGGGAAAGGGCUGCUGCCUGUGCGCUGGAUGUCUCCCGAGUCGCUCAAGGAUGGAGUCUUCACCACGCAUUCUGACGUCUGGUCCUUCGGGGUGGUCCUCUGGGAGAUCGCCACAUUGGCCGAGCAGCCAUACCAGGGCUUAUCCAACGAGCAAGUCCUUCGCUUUGUCAUGGAAGGCGGACUUCUGGACAAGCCAGACAACUGCCCAGACAUGCUGUUUGAGCUGAUGCGCAUGUGCUGGCAGUACAACCCCAAGAUGAGGCCCUCCUUCCUGGAGAUCAUCGGCAGCGUCAAGGACGAGAUGGAGCCCGGCUUCCGGGAGGUCUCCUUCUACUACAGCGAGGAGAACAAGCCGCCCGAGCCGGAGGAGCUGGACCUGGAGCCGGAGAACAUGGAGAGUGUCCCCCUGGACCCCUCCGCCUCCUCGUCCUCCCUGCCGCUGCCCGACAGACACUCGGGACACAAGGCUGAGAACGGCCCGGGUCCCGGUGUGCUGGUUCUCCGAGCCAGCUUCGACGAGAGACAGCCUUACGCGCACAUGAACGGGGGACGCAAGAACGAGAGGGCCUUGCCCCUGCCCCAGUCUUCAACCUGCUGAUCCUUGGAUCCCGAAACCCGUGCAAACCGUAAUGUGUGUGUGCACGCUCGGCGGUGGGGUGGGGGGAGGAAGAGAGGACGUUUUCACAAUAUAUUCAAAAGCCUCCUGUACCUCAGUGGAUCUUCAGAACUGCCAUUGCUGCCCGCAGGAGACAGCUUCUCUUCAGUAAACACAUUUGGGAUGUUCGUUUUUUCAGUAUGCAAGCAGCUUUUUAUUUCCCUAACCAAACCCUCCAACUGACAUGGGCCUUUAAGAACCUUAAAGACAACACGUAACAGCAACAGAGCACUUGAGAACCCAUCCUCCUCGCUCUUUCCCUGUCUCUUUUUUUCAUGUCUCUCUCUGACGUAUUUCUCUUUUUCUCUGCUUCAUAGUGGAAACACAUUCGCCACAAGUCCAGCCGUGACACCCUUUUUACCAGAUUGAGGAAAUGGCUGUCCAGGUGGUUUGCAGUACCCCUCUCAGCUCCUGCCUCACGCUGUAGGUCUUUAUAAAAACCAGUUGGGACUGAAUUUUUUAACUGUCUCUUUAACCUUUUGAGGGACUUACGAAACUUAAAAAGGGCCAUCAUUCAUCCAAGCGUGUUAACCAUUUUAACGCUGCCAAAUUUUACCAAAAUCUAGAACUUUCUCCCUCACAGCACCUGCACUUAAUUUCGUAUUUCCUGAGGCAUGGAGAGAGCAUGGUAUUUAGUUACUCCAUUUAAGAGAAAUAUUGGUGAUGCCCUCUAUCUGAGCACUCCGUGGUGUUCUUUUAAGUCUCACAUUCACAGUGAUCUAAUAGCUUUUGGCUAGCUAAGUGUUUGGGGGAACUAGAGAAAAAUGGGACGUCCUGUCAGUGGAGGUGGGGAGAAGCUGAACUGGCUUCCCUGCUCCGCUUCCCAGAAUGGGCCCUGAGAGCCUGAGACACAAGCUCUGAGCAAAAGUCAUCCUCGUGGCACUCUCCCCGCCCCGCCCCUCCCAGCCCCAAGGACACAGAGGGGAAGGGGUUUCCAGGGACUCAGCCCAGUCCUUCAUGCAGGUUUGCAAGGAAAAAAACAUUCAGACACCACCACCACAAUACGAAGACAAGCAGUACAUGGAGUCAAGCAUUCUGAGCUUUGUUGACGUUUUCUCUGUCACUAGGACUUCUUCAUGGGUCUCACAGUUCUAUGUCAGACCGUGAAACAUUUGCAUACACAUCGUCUUUAAUGUCACUUUUAUAACUUUUUUACGGUUCAGAUAUUCAUCUAUACGUCUGUACAGAAAAAAAAAAAAAGCUGCUAUUUUUUUUGUUCUUUAUCUUUGUGGAUUUAAUCUAUGAAAACCUUCAGGUCUACCCUUCCUCCCUUUCUGCUCACUCCAAGAAACUUCUUAUGCUUUGUACUAGAGUGCGUGACUUCCUUCCUCUUUUCCCAGUAAUUGAUACUCACGUAACAUCAUUUGCCAUGAACUGUUUGAUGCCUUUUAUAAACACGUCCUCCCCUCCCCACUCCCCUGCCCUAUUAGUUGUUUUCUAACCUGUAGGCUCUGUGGGCACGAGGUUGGUGAGGGAGAAGGGUUGGGGGAAGACCAACCGGAGCCCGCCCUGCCCGGGGGGCCUGGCCUGGUUGGCAGAGCCCCCCUCUUUCCUUAGCUGGCCCUCACACAGCAUCCGAGUCUGUUACAGUACAAGACAUGAUACAAACUCAGGUCAGAAAAAAAAAAGGUUCAGUCUUUUGCACAUCCUUGUUCAGUGUUUCUAUCCACCAUCAUUGCAAAGUCUCACCUUCGCUUUCCCUUGCCUUUGUUCUGGUCGUGACACGCAUAUAUAUAUUUUUUUAAUUCUUGGGUACAACAGCAGUUUUAACUGCAGACACUAGGCAUUUAGGUUCCUAUUUUUUUAAGUGGAUAUUUAACCCUUCCAUCCCGUGAGAAACAGCUGCUGAGUCCAAGGGUGUAGCUGAGUGUGGUCCAGCAGGCCCCCCUGUGGCUUUUGUCCCCACCCUCACCAAACCGACCUACCUGUCUUCAGAGUCAGAAACUCCCACGGGCCAGGCCGUUCUUGGCGCUGGCAGGAGACUGAGCCCAGGCUCCCCAGGCUCCAGGACAGCAGCCUCAGGGGGGUUGGCGGGACCCCUCCCUUUGGCUGUGGAGCGCCAGGUCGGGGCAGAGUAACAUCAGAGGGGCCGAGGAGCUCUGAGCUUACUCCCAGGGGACCAGAUCCCUGGCCCAUAGCUCUCUCCCUCAGCCAGGAAUCCAAGUCCUCGGAGUCGGGGUUUUGUUGUGUUUUGUUUUUAGCACUUCUCACCAGAGUGAUGACAGCACAAGGGUUGCUUCUGGGAUCGAAAUAUUUAAAUUAUGAGGAAGAAGAAAGCUAAAAUAUGAUGAGUGCUAGUUGUGACUGGAGAGUAAACACAGAAGAGAAGGCUUAUAGUGCUUUUUUACUUGUCAGUAAUUGCAGUCCCACUAUUCUCUCUAGCCUCUGUCCCAGAAUUUUCCCCUUUAAAAAAAAUAAGAAAAAAAAGUUAAUUAAGAAGGUAUUAUAUGUAGGCAUUUUCUUUUAAUUUAUUUUGUGACACCAGUUUUAGUCACUGGAGAGAAGCCCCAUUGUGAAUCUGUACUGAGAAAAGGGUUUUUGCGUGUGUGUUUAAGAUGGGACAGUAUUUUAAUUUUAUUUUUCAAACAUUUAUCUACCUCACUCUUAUUUUUUUAUAUGCAUAUAUAUAAAAAAGAAUACAUCUCACAUUUCUCAGCACCUGACAAUAUGCCAUUGAUACUGGUAACCUCAUCCACGCCACAGGCCACACACACCAGGUGACGAGGGGAGAGGCCAGGCUGUAUUCCGGGGUCAAAGCAGCACUCCAGCUCAUCUCUCCACUCAUUUCCAAACAGCUUGCCUUUUUCUGAGAUGGCUUGUUUUGGUUGCUUUUGUUCCUUUUUUCAACUUGGUGAGAGGUGGCAAGGUGUUUGGUUUUCCUUCUCCCAACCCAGCGGCCCCAAGAGCUCAGGGCUCUCGGCACUCCGCAGUGAGGCCCAUGAGACUGCGGCUCAAAGCAGGGAGGCCAUCCCGGGCUGUAUUUGAAACAAAGGACUUCAUGCAGAUUGAAUGAUGAACAAGUUUCCUCAUGGAAAGAGCAGUUGUGUUCCGGGUUUUGAGGACAGCAAAGGGGAUGCCAAUGGUGGCAGGUCUGUCUGUUAGAAUCCCAUGUGCAAGUGGGCAGUGUUUGGGGUUCCCCCUCACAGCUGUUCCUCAUGCACCCUGGGCCAGGACCUGCAGCACAGCAGGGACAUGCUGCUGUAUUUGGUACACUCAGCGGGACACCCAUGUAGGCAGUAUGAGAGCACGGACCGCCCACUCUUUGAUGGGAGAACACAGAGGUUCCUGGCCAAAAAGCCAAUCUGAUAAUGUACUGAGGAGAAAAAAGGCCCCUUCUCCCUCUCCAGACUGUCCUCUCAACUUCACCCUCACCUCCUCCCCCUGGGGAGAACAGAGAGGGCCGGUGGUCUCAUGGAGCCUCCUACCACGGCUCUGUCCUGCUGCUCACAGAGGUGGAGGGUGCUCUUAUAGCCCCUGGGGAUUGGAUCUGGAAAACAUGCUGGCUGGUUCUCCCAAAGCCUGGAUGUUCCUUAAAAUCCCAGUCCUGCAGUUAAGCUCAGGAGCAUUUUCCCUCCUGCAAAAAACACUACCCUCCGUUCCCAAGUCCCCUGGGAUCUCAAGGUAAUUGAGAAAUAGUUUGAUCAGGGUUUCUUUUCACACUCUCGGUGACCCCUCGGAAUAGUGACCUCUCCUCUCUUUUGCACAUACCUACCGGUUUCCACAACUGGAUUUCUGCAGAUCAUUCAGCUGGUUAUAAGGGUUUUAUUUAAACUGUCCGAGUUGUUGGUGUCAUUUUGUUUUUGUUUUAUGUAGGUGGUUUUUCUCUAAGUAGGAAGAAUACACUAACAGUAUAGUGCCCAUCAUAAUAAAUGCUAGAAACACUUAAAGAAAAUUUUGCUUGCGUGAUGGUGCAGUCGUUUUACUGGACCAAAUCACCACCCUGACUACACCAAGGCAUCAUCUCCUCACAGUUCUAGCCUACCUUUAUGCUGAUUUUCCCACCUCUUCUUGAUUUUUCUCUUUUGUAUGCUCCAAAUAAUUUUAUAAAUCUGAGUUGUGGCAUCUUUCCAUGCAACCUCCUUCUGCCAGCAGAUCACACUGCUUGAAAUGACGUGAACCACUGAGGCCCAUCAUUGAAUUGAUGCGAGCAUGAAAACAUUACCACCCACGGCCCUGCUCUGAGGUGGCAGGAGCCGGAGACAUUGUUGAACUUCAACUGGGUGAGACCUAGGCCACCCCUGGUCUCCCGUAUGUGAUGGCAGGAUGCUGACAUUUGACAUGCCAUUGGAAUGAGCUUCCUCCUUGGAAGAUACAAGACAGCAUUCACUGGCCUCCCCUCCAGCUUAUUUCUUAUGACUCUGAAAAACAUAUCAAUGGUAGGAAAAGUGGCUUAGCAAAAAAGAAAAGUGGUUAUUGUGGAACUACCAAAUGGCAGAAUGCUUGGUACGAAGGGGUGUGUUUCAGUUGGGAUGACAAAUUUUUGAGCUAAGUAUGCUGCCAAAUUCUAGGCCAGUUUGUUCCACCAAAGCCUCUUUCUCAGCAGCUCGCCUCUGUCUGCCGGUGGUUGUACUCCAUGCGGGCUGCCGUGGUCCCAAGGCCACACUGAGCUCAGACCAGUGAGAGGCCAGGGUGCCCGGUCCAAGGUCUGCAGCUGCCACUGUGGGGUCCUCCCAGGGCAGCCAGACGGUAUUGAAGGUGACUCCUUUCUAAAACAAUGGCACCUUCCAGUUGACAGUAACAUGCCAUGCUAUGCCUUGGCCCAUUCUAGCAUUGCAUUUAAAGUUUAGGGUUUGUUCUCUUUUGUUAAUGUUACUUUUGUGUCUGUCAGCUGUUUUUCAUUGUCUGGGCUAAGCAGCAUUGGAGAUAAAGACUAGAGAUCCACUCCUUAAGCACCAGUGAUGAAAGUCAAACUUUGCUAACUCCACUCUGAAGUAGGUGGUGGUACAAAUGAGAACUUCAGGAGACGAUGUUGCUUAGAUUGAACCUCUGAUGCCAGAGAUGCUGAAGAUACAGACCUUGGACAGGCCAGAGUGUUGCCCGUUGGCCUCCCGUUCAGACGACUAGUCACUCAUUUGGAGAAAAAGCAAAUGUUCCUUGAUGGUGGAAUGAUCAGGUGGUAGGAAACCACUGUAACAGGGACUGUGUGUGACAUGAAGAGAAGAAUUGUGAGAAGGGUACAGGGCUCCGAAGAAGUGUGGGCGAUGUUUUGAACUUGAUGGUUUCUGAAGGCAGCAGACCACAUCAAGGCUCAACACUCACCGAUGGGCAUUUGGUUAAAUAAACUCAACAUCCUACGUUAGAAACUGUUAUCGAGGAGUUAAGUCAAAUUGUCCAAGAAUAUGAAUAUCGCACUUGUCAGCUGUCAGUUCUGGGGCAUAACUUUAGGGUUUUGCUUUGUUUUUGCAAGAACAUAACGAUCACUCAUUUGUCUGUCCACGUUUGUACGUCUGCAUCCCUUUGGUAAGCAUUGUUUUAAUUAGUCACUCAUUAGCAUUUUCAAUAGGGCUCUUAAGUCCAGUAGAUUACGGGUAGUCAGUUGACGAAGAUCUGGUUUACAAGAACUAAUUAAAUGUUUCAUUGCAUUUUUGUAAGAACAUAGAAUAAUUUUAUAAAAUGUUUGUAGUUUAUAAUUGCCGAAAAUAAUUUAAAGACACCUUUUUUUCUCUGUGUGCAAAUGUGUGUUUGUGAUCCAUUUUUUUUUUUUUUUUUUCUGGGACACCUAUUUCCUAGCUAGCUUUACAGUAUGCCAAAAAAAAAUUUUUUUUUUCCCUGACCCAAGCUGUGGUUCACCCCCUUUCUCCCAUGCUUUGUGCCCUAGUUUAUAACAAAGGAAUGAUGAUUUUAAAAAGUAGUUCUGUAUCUUCAGUAUCUUGGUCUUCUAGAACCUUCUGGUUGGAAAGGGGAUCAUCUUUUACUGGUCAUUUCCCUUCGGAGUGUAGCUACUCUAACGGACUGAAAGAACCUCAUUGGCCAUGCAGACAGCAGAGGUGUUGCAGCCCAGCGGGGCACAUGCAUUGUUCAGCAUCCCAUUUGGUUUGGUUGUUGAAAUUGUUGUGCAAUGCCAUAGAGAUGGCACACAGAGACAGUUUUCACAGUGAUCACACAGCAUACAGACUUAUCUCAAGAAAGAUAAUUCUGAUGCACACGGGCCAUUUGCUUACAUGCCUCAUACCAUGAUUAAUGCUUUGUUACAAGGAAGAGACCCUAUUUUUUUUUUAAUGCAGAACACCGAAGAUACAUGUUUCCAGUACAAAAGGAGUCCUUGCUAAUAAAAACUAUACACACACACACACAAAAAAAAAUGUUCAAGUUUGACUCCAUUUCCUCUGGCUCCCAAUAGAUUGUUGGCCAUGUCUACAACUUCACAAACUUCCCAUCACUGGAAACUUCUGGACGUUUUCCACUAAGUAGAAGAAAGGUCCAGAAACAAUUUGUUUUUAACUUUUCAAUUGGAGGUUUGACGUUGCGUAGACACUUCCCCAGGUGGAUAGAUGCCUGGUGAAAACACCUGUCUGCUUUCUAAACCAGUGAGGUUGAGAUGAGAGGAUUGCCAGAGUUUGUCUACCUCUGGGAUAAAAAUCAAACCAGAAGGUGCGAUGGAAUGGAUGCAUCGCAAAUAAUGCAUUUUCUGAGUUUUCUUGUUUAAAUAACGUUUUUUAAGGAAAAAAAGGCAAAAAAAUUUAAAAAAGGUAAUCACAUGGCCAAUUUGUUACAUAAAAUGAUUUUCUGUGUAUAAAUUAUUCCUAAAAAAAAUUCCUGUGUUUAUAUAAAAAAUCAGUAGAUGAAAAAAAUUUCAAAAUGUUUUUGUAUAUUCUGUUGUAAGAAUUUAUUCCUGUUAUUGCGAUAUACUCUGAAUCUUUACAUGAUUGAAAAAAAAAAAACUUUGUCUAUUUUGAAUGGCUGAAGCUAAGGCAACUUUAGUUUCUCUUACUCUGCUUUUUUCUAGUAGUUAAAAGUACUACAUGAUUUAAGUUAAAUAAAAGAAUUCUGUAUGUA